AGCGCGAUGGCUGUCACGGUAAAAGAAUGCCUGGAGCUCCAGCUGCUGGAAGUAGAAAUGCUCCUUUCCAUGUUUCCCAAAAGAGGGGAAUUCAGUCUGGAUGCUGAUGCCCUGCCCAGCAUCCAGCGCUACCUGAGGAAUGCCGACGGAGCGCUGCCCCCGCAGCUGGAAUAUCGCAUCGCUCUCGAUGUAGGGGAGGCGAAGGUAAAGGUGGAAUUGCAGGUUCUCCUUCCUCAUAUGUACCCUCAAGUGGCUCCUCAGCUCUUUGCCAGAUCAGAUGCUCUGCACAGACAGCAACAGUUGCAGCUCAAUACUCGUCUGAUGUCUCACAUCAGCUCUGUGGAUUCAGGAGAUCUGUGUGUGUGUGAGGCUGUGCAGUGGGUGAAGGACAACAGCCUGACUUUCCUGGAAAACAGUAAGGGCUCGUCUGAGUGUGCUUCUAAAGAAGUCAGGGUUAAGGAAAUGCUGCAUCGUAUGUGGAUCUACAGCCAUCAUAUAUACAGGCAGGAGCUGAGGAAGAAGAUUUUUGACUGUGCAAAGAAGUUAAAGCUGACUGGCUUCUGCCUAACUGGGAAACCUGGUGUCAUCUGUGUGGAGGGACUCCAAGAAAACUGUGAAGAGUUCUGGCGUGUUAUUAGAUAUCCCAACUGGAAGCAUAUUUCAUGCAAGCAUGUGGAGAAUAUAGAAACAGAGGGAAGCAUUGAUAAUCUUCGUCUCUUUCACAGUUUUGAAGACCUGCAGUUUCAGGCACAUGGUGAUUAUGGCCUGAGGAAUGACUAUCACAUGGAUCUUGGCCAGUUUCUAGAAUUCCUGAAACAGCAUCAAAGUGGACACAUUUUUCAGAUUUUAUUUGGUGUUGAAGGCAAACUUUCAGACAAUUGA